AUGGGAGUAUUGCAAAGUGUAGAGUCGAAACUUGGAAGAAACUCAAAGCCUGUUGGAAACUGGUUAGAAUUACAAAAAGAUUCUUCAUCAAGUAGUGGUGCUGAUUUAAUUCUCUUUCAACCACAUUCGAAUUAUGAGGAAAAACAAGAUUUGGCUCGAGUUUCCAUUAGAAAAUCAACAAAUAAUCCUAAUCUCGCCAAUGAUUUACCUUCUUCCCUUCCAUUUGGGAUUCAUCUACACAAGGCAGUUAUUCUAAACUCAAAGAUAUAUGUUUUUGGCGGGAGUACGAGGAAAGAAUUGAAUUCGAAUAGUUUCUUGGAGUAUAAUAUAGAAAGUAAAAAGUGGAAAGUACUUCCAUCAUUCAUAGAGUGUAGAGAAUUUGAGAAUCAACUUGUUGGUCCUUCUUUACUUUCGUCUACCAACAAUCAGACGAAUCAACUUCCAACUAAUAGUAGAAUUUAUCUGAAUCCUUGUUUCUAUCACUCGGUGAGUGCUUGUCCUAAACGAAACAAGAUUUACGUAUUCGGUGGAAGAACAAGUUCGGUUAUUUCCUCAAAUAAUCUAUACGAAUUUGACGUAAAGACUGAAGAAUGGACGAUUCUAAACCCUGUUCGAAUCUCAAAGAAAAAUAUCUAUUCGAGGGAAAGACUUCCAAGAAGAGAGGGUCAUUCAAGUUUUAUUCGAAAGGAUUGUCUGUACAUUAUUGCAGGUUACGAAUAUAACACUGAUCAAUAUUCGAAUGAGAUUAUUGAGAUUAAUCUUGACAGUCAAACAUGGAAAUUUCUAUCAGAAGAUAUGAAUAUCAAACCAGCGAAUCCCAUGCUUCAAGUACCAAGUGUGCUCUUCUCUUCUGCUUCUUCUCUUCUUUCGUCUACAUCAAACGAAAGAGUUUCGUCCACUGCUCCACAAUUUACUAAACUUGCCUAUCACACCUCUGUGUAUUGUGAAUCAAAGGAUGAAUUGAUAAUCUAUGCAGGUAAGACUAGAGAGAAACCUUUCGGUCCUCUCACCAACUCCCUCCACAUUUAUUCCUUCCAAAAAAAGGAAUGGUCUGCAUUUAGUGCUCCAAAUUUAGUUAAAUCAGGAUUCAUUUCUUAUGAUGAUAAUCGACAAUUUAUCAAAUCUUACAAUAAGGGAGGUAAUUUAUUCAUGGAUCGAUAUUUAAUAGUUUCGAAUGGUUUAAUUAAUGAUCACUACGACAGAAGACAUUACAUUAAUGAAGUGAUGAUUAUUGACAUUCACACCAAUCAAUGGUACAAGAUUAGCAAUUCAAAUUUAUUGAACAUGUACUAUGAUUCGUUUCUGAUAUUUUCUGAAAAGAAAUGCUAUUCAAUUGGUGGAUAUAAUCCAUGCGUUGAGAAACCUCAUCUGGACACCUUGGUUGAGUUGGAUUUACAGAUUUGUGGUGAACAAGAGUUGAUUGGUGGUAUGGAAAGGUUUCUAGAUUCGAAUUUACCAAUGAAAAAGAUUCCUGUAAAGUCGAGAGAAGGAUUCGUAUCCUUGAUACCUUUAAUUUUGAUGAAAAGAUUGGACGAAAGUGAACUAAUGAAGGAAGAUCAAUUAAAGAAUGGAAUUGAGAUGGAAACAAGUGUUAAUUGUGUUGAAUUAUUGAAAGAUUGGCUCGUAGGAAAAGAAUUGAAUGCUGAAUUAUUGGAUUUGAUUGAACUUUUCAGGGCAACUUUACAAUUCAAAAAAUUAGAACAAACUCUUCAUCCCUAUCUCAUUAAUAGGAUUAGAAAAUCACUAAUUUCGAAUAAGGAUAAUGUUGAGGAGGAAUUGAUGUUAUGCGAAUCCAUUCCGAGAUUGAGGCCAAUUUGUGAAGAAGUCAGAAACUCAACUAAUGAUUCUCAACAUGCUUCCUUAGUUGACUUUAAGUUUCCAUUGCAAGAUUUAUUGGACUAUUUUUCCUAUUUGAGAGAGGAAAUUAAAAGUGGAAAACGAAAGGGUGAUUUAACUCUGACAUUAGAAACGAACCGAAACUUGAAACUCUCCAUUGACUCUGAAAUUUGCAUAAUCACUUCCCAAUUCUUCUCCAAACUCAUCAGUGGACAAUUCAAUGAGAGAUUAUCCUCCAAAAUAAUCCUUAACAAUGACAUUACCCUCAAUGAAUCAGAUCUCAAUGACCUGGUUGACCUUCUUUACUUGCAACCUCCUUCCAAUUUAAUGAAAUGCACCAACAGAUUGGAAAUUAUCAAUCAAAUAUUUGUAAUUUCUGAUUUUUAUUGUAUUGAUUGGAUGACCAAUUCAAUGAACUAUCUCAUAUUGUAA